AUGUCUCAAGCUGAAGUCAAUCAACAGAUUGCUAAUCUCCUGGCGUUUGCUGGAGGGAAGGACACCCCGUCUGAUGCGAUCUUUAUUGCAGUGAUGGGGGUCACUGGAGCUGGAAAGAGUACUCUUAUAUCCCAAUGUACUGGACAAGAUGUGCAUAUUGGCCAUGAUCUUUUAUCGUGUACAUCCGAGAUCAGUGUGUUCGACUUCAGAUUGGAUGGCCGAAAAGUCUACUUAAUUGAUACCCCCGGAUUUGACGAUAGCAACUUCACCGAGCGUCCUGAUUUCGUCAUUCUGCAAACCAUCUCCGCCUACCUUAGCGCCUCCUAUGCGCGAGGUGUUUAUAUCCACGGCGUUAUAUUUUUACACCCCAUCAUAGAGAACAGAAUGACUGGUUCCGCACGACGCAACAUCGAGUUAAUGAAAGCGUUAUGUGGCUCUGACUUCUUCCGCAACGUUGCCCUUGCCACCACACAUUGGAGUACCACUACAGAAUCACUCUCGACACUGAGAAAGAGGGAGCACAGCCUGCGAGAGCACGAUGCAUUCUUCCGGCCAUUAGUGAACGAAGGUGCCAUCUUAUUUCGACAAGACGACGGCGCACCAUCUGCACGUCGCAUUAUUAGACACCUGAUCAACAUGAACAGGCAUCGUGGCCCACCUCUGGCCCUAGCAAUUCAGCGUGAACUCGUUGACCAGAAUAAGCGACUUGACAAUACGGCAGCCGGGAGAGUUGUACUUGAUGAAGCGGCUCGCAAAUACAACGCGGCGGUGGAAGAGAUUGCCUCACUUAAACUUGCUAUCAGGCAAUCUGACUAUGAAGGUGCGAUGGAAUUGCGGGAGAUGAAAGAGGAGAAGGAAAGAAUGAUAAGACAGCUUAGCAAGACGGAAGCCCAGAUGGCUAUACGCGCACCGGAGGUUACACGUAGGGAGCAGCAGUUACUGAAUUUGCCUUCCCAGAUCCAGAGACUGCACCAUGCCCAUAUGGAGACCAAGGCCCAAAUAGUGGCCCACGAGCGUCAACUAUCGCGACUGGAAGCAGAGAAGCGAGAACUGCAGAGGAGGACGUCGGCUAAUUCCAGACGCCGAUCCUCCCACAGAUAUGACUAUGAAGAGUCACCAUCGAGCUAUGAGGAGGCUGUUGAGAAAAAGCAGGCUGAAGUAGCCGUGUCUAGGAAGAAGAAGUUCGCGCAAGAAGCGACAAUCGCUGCUAUUCCAGCUAUUCUCGGUGCUAUUGUCCCGGCUGUAGUUGCCUGUACUGUCAUGUGA